GUUUUUGAUUUGUUAUGGGGGACAUCAUCUAGGUCGGGACUGUAUAACACAAAUAUGAAAUCAAUGACACUCGGAAUUCGACUCUUAGCUGUUCGGAGUUCAUUCCUAUCACCAUUUUCAUCAUUCUCCCUAAUCAAAGUGAACAAUCCUUCACCAUCUCUCUCAAUCGGAAGCAUUUCCGCUCUCUCCGCCAGUCGCGGUCCUAGCUACAGUACCCAGUCACCAGGUAUCCGCAAGAUUCUAUUCAUCCCUCCCGGCGUCGAACCAGACGAGGUCACAAGUGACAUGAUAUUGCCCGGUUCCAACAUCGUAAUCGGACCUUACGCUGGCGAAUCGAAGAUCAAAGAAGUUGAAUUUGUUAAGAGCAGUGCUAAAGCCAAAGAUUGUCCCAGUGAUGACCGACCGGAGUUUGCUAUGUUAGGUCGCUCUAACGUGGGGAAAUCAUCGCUAAUCAACUCUCUUGUUCGCAAAAAAGAAGUGGCUCUUACAUCGAAAAAGCCUGGAAAGACUCAGCUUAUCAAUCAUUUUUUGGUGAAUAAAAGCUGGUAUAUAGUCGAUUUGCCUGGUUAUGGGUUUGCUAAAGCUCCAGAUGCAGCAAGAAUGGAUUGGUCGUCUUUCACAAAGGGAUACUUUCUGAAUAGAGAUUCUCUUGUUGGUGUUCUAUUACUAGUUGAUGCAAGUGUGCCGCCUCAAAAGAUAGACCUCGACUGUGCCAAUUGGCUUGGAAGGAACAAUAUACCGAUGACGAUUGUUUUUACAAAAUGUGAUAAAGUGAAGAACAGCAAAGGGAGAAGACCAGAUGAGAAUAUUGAGAAUUUCCAUGAAGUGUUAAGGGAGAACUACAAAGAACAACCAGCAUGGAUAAUGACAAGUAGUGUUAAUGGUUUGGGUAGAGAUGACCUUCUUUUGCAUAUGUCUCAGUUAAGGAACUUUUGGGACAACUGAACUCAUCAGGAUUGAGCUCACUCUUUUUCUUAUACCCAUCUUCGUUGUUUGCUUAAAGCAUUACCCACAUUUCUUUGUUUUAUCAAACCAUAUUUUGACCAUGUUGAAAUCUAAGUGUGCAAGGAAUUAUAUAUAUAAAUAUUCUAUUCUUAUCAUCUUCCCAAAAUA